GAGUCCUUUUCUGAGCACCUUGGUCAUUCUGGUGGAAUUGUGACGGGUGCCGACCUGUUUCGCGCGUCAGGAAAAUUUGAGCUGCUGGAUCGAAUCCUGCCCAAGCUGAGAGCCACCAAACACAAAGUGCUGCUUUUCUGUCAGAUGACCACCCUCAUGACCAUCAUGGAGGACUACUUUGCGUACCGCAAUUUCAAAUACCUACGUCUGGACGGAACCACCAAAGCGGAGGACCGAGGCAUGCUGCUGAAGACGUUCAACGAGCCGGCUUCUGAGUACUUUGUGUUCCUGCUCAGCACCCGAGCAGGAGGUCUGGGCCUGAACCUGCAGUCUGCUGAUACGGUCAUCAUCUUCGACAGCGACUGGAACCCUCACCAGGACCUGCAGGCUCAGGACAGAGCCCACCGGAUUGGUCAACAGAACGAGGUGCGAGUGCUCCGCCUCUGCACCGUCAACAGCGUGGAGGAGAAGAUCCUGGCAGCAGCCAAAUACAAACUGAACGUGGACCAGAAGGUCAUCCAGGCGGGCAUGUUCGACCAGAAGUCAUCGGGCUUCGAGCGCCGGGCCUUCUUACAGGCCAUUCUGGAGCACGAGGAGCAGGACGAGGAGGAAGAUGAGGUGCCUGACGACGAGACCGUUAAUCAGAUGAUUGCAAGAAGCGAAGAAGAGUUUGAACUGUUCAUGCGUAUGGACCUGGACAGGCGCCGUGAGGAAGCCCGCAACCCAAAGAGGAAACCUCGCCUGAUGGAGGAAGACGAUAUGCCUGGCUGGAUUUUGAAAGAUGACGCUGAGGUCGAGAGACUAACCUGCGAGGAGGAGGAGGAGAAGAUGUUCGGCCGGGGGUCCCGUCAGAGGAAGGAGGUGGACUACAGCGACUCGCUGACUGAAAAGCAGUGGCUCAAGGCCAUAGAGGAAGGUAAUCUGGAGGACAUAGAGGAGGAGGUCCGUCACAAAAAGACAACGCGAAAACGGAAGCGAGACCGUGACCAUGACAGCCCCAUCACGCCCGGCUCCAGCAGCGGCCGUGGACGAGACAAGGACGAGGAUGGGAAGAAGGCAAAGAAACGUGGCCGUCCACCUGCUGAGAAGCUCUCUCCCAACCCCCCAUCCCUCACGAAGAAGAUGAAGAAGACUGUAGAUGCUGUCGUCAAAUAUAAGGAUGGUAACGGUCGACAGCUGAGCGAGGUCUUCAUCCAGCUGCCGUCCCGUAAGGAGCUGCCGGAGUACUAUGAGCUUAUCCGCAAGCCAGUGGACUUCAGGAAGAUCAAAGAGAGGAUCCGCAGCCAUAAGUACCGCAGCCUGAACGACCUGGAGAAGGAUGUGAUGUUGCUCUGUCAGAAUGCCCAGACCUUUAAUCUGGAGGGCUCUCUGAUCUAUGAAGACUCCAUAGUUCUCCAGUCUGUCUUCACCAGCGUGAGGCAGAAGAUCGAGAAGGACGACGAAAGUGAAGGAGAGGAGAGCGAGGAAGAGGAAGAGGAGGUCGACGAAGGCUCAGAGUCUGAAUCUCGCUCAGUGAAGGUGAAGAUCAAACUGAGCCGGAAAGAGAAGGGGGAGCGAGGGGGCAAAGGUCAGAGGCGGCGGGGCCGCGGCUCCCGGGCUAAACCUGUGGUCAGCGACGACGACAGCGAGGAUGAACAGGAGGAGGAACGUUCAGCCAGUGGCAGCGAGGAUGACUGAAGUGAACCGUCUGGAAUCGAACCGACGGCUCUCACAUCUUGACUACAUAUACAUAGAGACAGUGGGAAGGCCCAGUU